AUGAGCAUGAGCAGCGUGUCAAAUCCUGUCCCACCGACGCCACAAAUUGUCCCAGGAAACUUUCUUCCACCGCCCCGUCAAAUUCGUUUCGUAUCCACAGACGGCCAACCACACACAAAGAGGAGGCGCAUCAAUGCUGCCUGUCUGACAUGUCGUAAGAGAAAGACUCGCUGUUCGGGCGAACGACCGGAGUGCAAAACAUGUACGGAAAAUGGCCAUGUCUGCUCAGGUUAUGUCGAUCGACCGACGCGAAAAGACGGCGACAGGCUCGACGAUGAGGGUGAAGAGGAGCUCAUGUCGAGUUCGUCUACGCCUCUGAAAUACCCUCGAGAGGAAGAGGAUGUGGCUCGGCUGCGGCCAAAAUUGGACAAACAGAACUCUACCGGCUCUGUGCCGACGGCGCGAAUGGGUGAGAGAGAUGAGAUGGGCGAAGUUAUCAGUCCGGCUAGCAAUCAUACCGCGAGUAGCUUGACUUCGUCCAGAAAUCGCGUCCCAUACUUUCGCUAUUUUGGCCCAACCGCGAUUGUUCCUGGGUUCAAGCAAAUGGUAGUCCAGGUGAAAGACAAUCGACGAAGUCUCGCUUCAGCUUCAGGAGAAUCUCCAUCUUCUGGACAGGCUUUUGACUCGAAUUCAAUGGUCGGUCAGGAAAGAGUUCCGGUGGAAAUACCGUUCUACGACGCUACAGAUCCCGAGCCGAAUGCUCCCCUCAUAACACACCUUUGCGAAACGUUUUUCAAUCAUCUGGGCUGCAACUAUCCAUUUCUUCAACGCGAGAGGUUUCUGAAAGACCUGGAAGAGAAGACGGUGGACGCGAUCUUAGUCGACGCCGUCUGUGCGGUUGCUGCGCGGUUUUCUUCGAAUCCGUUACUGUGCAGGUCCAAUGAUCCUUCCAUUCCACUGGAUGCGGAAAACAAGGUCAGACGGGCUUUUCGAGGUCACCCAUUUGCUCAAAGGGCCAUGUCGGCCGUCAUCGAUACCUUUUCAUGUCCCACCAUGGCCGUAGCUCAAGCAUGCUUAUUGCUAGCCUACGAAGAAUUUGGAACAGAUCACGACAGCGGCUUAUGGAUGUAUCUGGGCACUGCCAUUCGAAUGGCGCAAGAUCUUGGCAUCCAGAAACUCGAGGGUUUGCAACUUGAAGGCCGUGUUGGACCCACGCCGAAGACGGCCAAGCACGGACAAGAAGGAAAGGCUGAAGAGCAGCGGAGAUUCGAGCAACAACAGAGAUUGGCGCGUAACCUUUCCGACCAGGACAACGCGCAACUUGAUGACCGGAGAGCGAGUGAACAAGAACGAAUCGACACGUUCUGGGCAAUAUUCUUCCUCGACAGGGCCGUGUCAUCCGGCGUGGGUCGGCCAGUUACGUUACGCGAUAAAGAUAUUGAGAUAUCUUUUCCUUAUCGCUCCGACAACAUGAUGAUCAAUGGCUAUCCUGAUCCAUUCCCAGCGAUGAUCAAGAUUGUCCACAUGUAUGGGCGCGUGGCGGAUGUGCUGAAUAACAUCAAGGAGGUCAGCCAAGUCACUCCAGACGUGUUGAAGCGGCUGGCAAGCAUGGAAAAAGAUCUGACCGGCAUAUAUCAACGACUGUCACCCAAAUUACACUUCAAUGCGACGAAUUUCCAGCAUUAUGUCAAAGCGGGCCAUGGCACCAACUUCAUCCUAUUACAUUUCUGGUUUCACACGUUGAUUGUCCUGGUCCAUCAGCCUACAUUACUUCAUUCCUUCGAAGGUCGGAUUCAGCAACUUUUCCCAGAUAGCAGAGAACUGUCCAUGUCUUCGGCCAAGACUAUUGCCGAUAUCCUCGCCUUUGCGGAACUGAUCGACGUUAAGAGUUUUAUUGGCAACCCAUUUACCAGCCAACCGAUGUACGUGGCCGCAUGCGCUUUUCUGGCCGAAGCUGCCGCUCACACAUCUCAGCCACCAUCUCGUACAACAUCACCUCCACCCAACGGACACCCUUCGCGGACGAAACCGGAGGCCAUAUCCGAAAAGGCGUACUCAGAACAGAAGGCCGCUUCCGCACGCCAUACUCUUCUGGCGACGGCGGCCAACCAGAAUUAUCAGCGUUGUUACAAAGCGCUGAAAACUUUGGAUUCCUACUGGGCCGGUUGUCGUUAUAUUCUGACGGCUCUGGAUCAAAAAUCGAAAGGAUUGAUGGAUCCUCUUCUCUUUACGGCUGAGGACAUUGAUGGGGAAAUGCCCUCCACCGAACCUUCCUUUACAACGCCCGGUUGGCGACGAAGUACCACCCUCGCUGCUUCACUGGGAGUCUAUGGAAAUGCUUUUAGCAGACUUCGGAGCUUGAAAGGGCUCGGAGAAGGCAUGUCUUUCUCACCCAAGAUGGAUUUGAGUCAAGCUAUUGGCUGGUCCUUGACUGGGACUGCCAACUCUCCCGCUCCAAAUAUCAGCUUCCUAUAUCCCAAUACCGGCAGUGAAAACGGCACGGUAUCGCCAAAGUCUAAAGAGAGGGAAGCAGCUGCAGGGAACCGGCAUAUUCCCACCGAUAUUCAGGCGCACAAUAUCAGCUUACAGAACAUUCAGACAAACUCGCCCAAAUUCGAUCAGCUGUCUCAAAGCUAUCACUCAACCAUGCCACCCCCCAGUAACAGACUAUCCUCUUUGCCCUAUGAUCCGGUCUCAACAGCUGAAGCAGACCUCUUGCUUGGCCUGCAUUCUCCAUAUGCGACGAGCUCGACAAAUCAAUCUGCCAUACUCCCAGGAUCCGGACAACAGACUUCGAACGCUUUUGAAUUUCCGACACAGCAGACCCCCCCGCAUCCCGCUCCGGCGAAUCUUCCACAACAGUUCCUUGAUGCCCAAAAUCAGAAUCUCAACAACAUGUUGAUUGAAUCACAGGAUAUUGAUAUGAAUGGACAGCAACUGAACUUUCAUUUCCCGGGCGGCGACAUGAUCCCCUGGCUUGAAUAUUUGCCACAGGAUGUUUUGGAUUAUUUUGGAGACCCUCAAGGUGAUGGGGGUGAAAUCUUGCAACCGGGGCCUCCUCAGCCUUGA